AGUCAAGAACAUGUCGAAAGCAAGUUUUGCUCUGGUGCUGCUCGUGCUGGUCUGCAGCCAAUACGCAGUCCAAGGCGUGGCCAUUGUCACCAAGGCGCAGUGGGGCGGUCGUGCCGGGCACUAUAAGGUCGGAUUGGGCAACUAUCUGAGCUAUGCCAUCAUUCAUCAUACCGCUGGCGCUUACUGCGAGACACGUGCCGCUUGCGCACAGCAGCUGCGCAACAUUCAGAGCUACCACAUGGAUAGCUUGGGCUGGCCCGAUAUUGGCUACAACUUCCUGAUCGGUGGUGACGGCGCCGUCUAUGAGGGUCGCGGCUGGAACUCGAUGGGUGCUCAUGCUGCCGAGUGGAAUCCCUACAGCAUUGGCAUCUCUUUCUUGGGCAACUACAACUGGGACACGCUGGAGCCAAACAUGAUUGCCUCCGCCAAGGGUCUGCUCCAGGAUGCUGUCAACCGCGGCCAGCUGGCCUCCGGCUAUGUUCUGUACGGUCAUCGUCAGGUGAGCGCCACCGAAUGUCCUGGCACUCACAUCUGGAACGAGAUUCGCAGCUGGUCUCACUGGAGGGCAUAAAUUCUUUUCUUUGUACUUUAAUAAACGCAUUAUUAUCCUGGCAAAAGAAUUUGCUCUCUUU